UUUGACAUUCCUGCAGCAGUUAGAGCAAGGGUUAAAAUGGCUCCUGCUGAGUGGUGGAAGAUGUAUGGAGGACAUACACCACAUUUGCAAAUUGUUGCCAUUAAGGUACUAAGCUUGACGUGUAGCUCAUCUGGUUGUGAGCGUAAUUGGAGUACCUUUGAGCAUAUUCACUCAAAGAAGAGAAGUAAGCUUGAGCACCAAAAGCUUCAAGACUUGGUUUUUAUUAAAUAUAAUCAAGCUCUUCAAGAACGCUUUGAGUGUCAAGAUCCAAUUGAUCCAAUUGCUUUGAAUGAAGUUGAUGAUAACAAUGAAUGGAUGUUGGGAGAAGAAAAUGAUGAGGAUGAAUUUGAAGAUGACUUGGUGUUUGAUGAUGAUGUUUUGACUUGGAGAGAUGUUGCCCAAGCAAGUGGUGCCGGUGAACCUUUGAAAUACACUAGGAGACAAACACAAGUGAACAAGACAUCAACAAUUGCAUCUACAUCCAAGAAAGAUAAAGGAAAAAAAGUGAUGGAAGUACUAGAAGACGAGGAUGAUGAUGUAGAGGAAGAAGAAGAAUAUAAUUCUAAUGCUAGUGGGAGUGAUGAAUUUGAGGGAGAGGAAGACUUUAAUCUUGAUGAGGAAGAAGAUUAAACUAUAAUGUUUAAUUUUUUACUUACUUAGAGCUUUAACACUUUGUUUUGGAGACAUUUUAUAUUAUGUAUUGUUUGAGUACUAUGAACUUUUAAUUAUUAAAAAUGUUUAAUGCAUGAAUUUAGAGUUAUUUUUUUGUUUUUUUUAGCUUUUAUAUAUAUAUUAUUAAUUAUUUAAUAUAUAUAAAUUAAUAUUUAAAUAGCGGUUAUCCCGCUCCGCGUCAUCCCGCUAUCCCAGUUUUGGGGUCGGCCGCUCCGCGCCGCUAUCCGGGAUUGACUACUAUGAACUAAUUGAGAGGGUGAGAAAAGUGAAAACCUCAUUCUCUAAUUUGUAUAUUCUAAUUUAUAUCAGGGUAGAUGAGUAAUCAUAUCAUGUUAUAAAACUUAAUUAUAAAAGUUGAAGAACUAUAUAUAUCAUAUUAUAAUUAUGCAGUGUAACUACCCCAGAACUAGUGCUUCCUUGAGCAAUAAUUCUUUCUUGAAGCGAUCUAUAUUGAAUUGUGAAUAUGAAUAUUAUAUUUGUAGCGAUUUUACUUUUCGUAAGCUAGAAUACUAUAUGCAAGUAGAGGAGUAAACCAGCAAUACCAAUCGGUGUUUGGUCCAAGCUUUGUAGCUAUUAAUGUAAGAUAACAGUAGCAAGAUUAAUGAUCCCUACAAGCGUUGACAGUGUUGAUUUAUAAUUACUUUUUUUCUUGUCAUUUGUAAUAGCAUGACAGUAUGUGAUCGGCCAUAACAAUGUCCACGUAGACAAGAAGUUUAUUUGCUCUUGGCUCAAACUUCAAAGAAACGAAUCUCGACAAAAAAGGUUCUCUUGCUCUUGGUUCGAACUUGAAAGUCAAAGGAACAAAUCUUUUUCUAUGCAGCCUCAUUCAUCAAAUUAAAAUUACCUUCCACUUAUUUAAAUGGUAUAACAAAGUGUUAAGUUGAUUUUUCAGAACCGGACAAAAAUCAUAGUUCAGUCUUCAAAGUAGCAUGUUACAGGAAAUUAAAAUAGAGAAAUAUGAUCAUGCAUGCAUGUAGCGGAAUUUGUGGGCGUUACAGAUAAGACACUACCCUUAUUCUGGUGGGUGGGUACGUGAGUCCAGUG